AUGCAGUCGUAUCAAGCCAAGUCUCAGUUGCAGGGAAAUGACGGUGGAGUCAUGUUCUGGAGUUGCAUAACAGCGGAGGGGCCUGGUUAUGGUACUACCAUUAUUGAAGACGCAAUAAACUCGGGCUUGUUUGUCGAUAUUUCGAAGACAUCAUUGAACGACACUCUUGAGCACUUUGGGAAGACACCAUCUGAUGUGCGAAUUCAACAAGAUAUAGCAACACCGCAUACCUCCGGCAUUACUAAGCGAUGGUUCACCGACAAUGGGUUUAACCUAGACAAAAUUAUGGAUUGGCCACCCAAAGCCCCGAUCUUAAUCCCAUUGAACAUGUCUGGCAUCUCCUAA